AUGUCGUCGUACGCUCCGCGCUCCGAGUCCCGUGUCGCUCUUCUCCUCCGCCAUUUGGUUCCCGCGGAAGCCGCAAAUCAGCCGCGCAGCAUCGACGACUUCUGCGCACGCAGCGCUUGCGCGGACGGGGCGAGCACCGCGACUGCCCGCGCCUGCGCCUUCCCCUGCCAGCGCGGAUGCGGGGUUUCCGCCGUUGCUUGCUCCGCGCGCGCGGCGCUGGGCGCGCCCGUGGUGGUGGGGGGAAUGGUGUUGGACGUGCAGGGGAGGGCGGGCGCGGAGCUGGCGCUGGAGCGAGGCACCACCACCCCUGGACAGGUGGAGUUCCGCCCAGGGGGGGUGGCGCGCAACAUAGGGGAGUGCAUGGCAGCACUCACCGCCGCGCCGCUGCUCAUCUCCGCUGUGGGGGAUGAUGCUGCAGCUGACGUGCUUCUCUCCCAUUGGUCAGCAAGAGGUCUGUCCACCCACGGCAUAGUGCGGGCAGCAGGGCAGCGCACGGCGGUGGUGGCGAGUGUGUUUGAUGGCGCGGGCGAGGUGGCUGCUGGCGUCGCUGACGUUGCAGUGCUGGAGCAAGGGGUGCAGGGGGAGUGGGUAGCGUGCUUCACACGCGCCAUUCACUCAGCGCCUUGCCUUGUCGUCGACACCAACCUCCCGGCCUCGCUGCUCGCCUAUACCUGUCAAUUGGCGGCAGCAGCAGGGGUGCCAGUGUGGUGUGACCCUGUGUCCGUUGGUAAAGCCCCGCGCACACUCGCCUCCCUGCCACUC